GCUUGCAUUGCUGGGCUGCUGAUAGACUGAUUGAGUGGCGGCGUGUACUUUUGUCACAAGAACCACAACCACAAUGACAACCACACAGCAUGGACCUAGCGUGUGCUCAGCUCUGGACAAGACAUGGAUGUAGGCAGACAUGCUUCCUGCCUGCUGGGCUUAGUGCACUAAUGCUAAGGACAGACAUGAAGGGCUUGGGAAAGGCAUGAAGAUGCAUGGAGUCUAGGAGAGAGGAUAAGAAAAACAAGCAUUUUGUGCGGCGGCGGCGAGCGCGGCUCAGGUUGAUUUAGAAUACGGGUGACAGUGGCCUGGCCCGAGCCCACUGCUGACGAAAGCGGCUUAUCCCGCGCGGUUUCCAUGGAGACGAGCCGGAGCCGCGGCGGCGGCGGGGCUGUCAGCGAGCGCGGCGGAGCUGGCGCGUCCGUGGGGGUCUGCAGGAGGAAGGCGGAGGCCGGGGCCGGGACCCUCGCGGCAGACAUGGACUUGCAUUGUGACUGUGCCGCCGAAACGCCGGCCGCCGAGCCGCCCUCGGGGAAGAUUAAUAAAGCUGCCUUCAAAUUAUUCAAGAAGAGGAAAUCGGGUGGCACCAUGCCCAGCAUUUUUGGGGUCAAAAACAAAGGGGACGGGAAAAGCUCGGGUCCGACGGGGAUGGUGAGGAGCAGGACCCACGACGGACUUGCCGAGGUGCUGGUGCUGGAGAGCGGCAGGAAGGAGGAGCCGCGCGGCGGGGGCGACAGCGGCGGGGGCGGCGGGGGGCGGCCGAACCCGGGCCCCCCCAGAGCCGCAGGGCCCGGCGGGGGCUCCCUCGCCAGCAGCUCGGUGGCCAAGUCGCACAGCUUCUUCUCGCUGCUGAAGAAGAACGGGCGCUCGGAAAACGGCAAGGGAGAGCCUGCGGACCCGAGCAAGGCCGGCGGCAAACAAAAGCGGGGGCUGCGGGGGCUGUUCAGCGGCAUGCGCUGGCACAGGAAAGACAAGCGGGCCAAGGCGGAGGCCGCGGAGGGGCGCGCGCCCGGGGGCGGCCUGAUCCUGCCCGGCUCGCUCACCGCCAGCCUGGAGUGCGUCAAGGAGGAGACGCCCAGAGCCGCGCGCGAGCCGGAGGAGCCCAGCCAGGACGCCCCGCGAGACCCAGCAGGUGAGCCCGCAGGGGGAGAGGAGGUGCCCGCCCCCGCCGACCGCGCCCCAGCGCGGAGCUGCCGAGAGGCCGAGGGCCCCGCGCACCCCGGCGACACCGGCGCCCGGGGAGAGGACGCCGCGGGGCAUCGGCGCGCCGAGAAGCCCCGGGCACCCCCCGAGCCGGGGCCCGGGGAGGUCCGCACGGCAGAGGACGCUUCCAGGACGGGGGCCGUUCCCGUAAAGACGGUCCCCCUUGUCGACUCCGAAGGCGGCAGCGGCCGGGCGCCCGGCGCCCCGGACCCUGCCUCUGUCGAUCCACCCUCAGACCCGUCGGCAGAUCGUAUUUGUUUGAUGUUUUCUGACGUGACUUCACUGAAAAGCUUUGACUCUCUUACAGGCUGUGGAGAUAUUAUUGCAGACCAAGAGGAAGAGGCAGGUCCCAGCUGUGACAAGCAUGUCCCCGGGCCAGGCAAGCCGGCUCUCUCUAAAAAGAACCCCGGCGUGGUGGCCUACCAAGGAGGCGGGGAAGAGAUGGCCAGCCCGGACGAGGUGGACGACACCUAUCUACAGGAGUUCUGGGACAUGCUCUCCCAGACCGAGGAGCAGGGACCCGAGCCCCAGGAGGGCGCGGCUAAGGUGGCAGCUGCGCUGGAAACCAAGGUGGUGCCCGAGACCCCCAAAGACACCAGGUGUGUGGAAGCGGCCAAGGACGCGUCCUCAGUCAAGCGCAGGAGGCUCAACCGAAUUCCCAUCGAGCCCCAUCCGAAGGAGGAGCCCAAGCACCCGGAGAAGGAGCAGCAGGAAGGCGUCCCCAACAGCGACGAGGGCUACUGGGACUCCACCACGCCAGGCCCAGAGGAAGACAGCUCGAGCAGCGGGAAGAAGGCGGGCAUCCCCCGGGAUAGCUACAGCGGGGACGCGCUCUAUGAUCUUUAUGCUGACCCGGAUGGAAGUCCAGCAACCCUUCCUGGAGGGAAGGACAACGAGGAGACGUCCUGCCUGUCCCGGUUAAAGCCCGUAUCUCCAGGCACCAUCACCUGUCCACUGCGAACACCAGGCAGCUUGCUGAAGGACUCUAAGAUCCCUAUUAGCAUCAAGCACCUGACCAACCUUCCAUCUAGCCAUCCCGUGGUGCACCAGCAACCCUCCAGGAGUGAGAUGCCCAGAACAAAAAUCCCGGUUUCCAAAGUGCUGGUCCGCAGAGUCAGCAACCGGGGCUUGGCUGGGACCACCAUCAGGGCAACGGCCUGCCACGACAGUGCCAAAAAGUUGUGAGGUCUUCCAGGCCAAGGUGGAUGGGCCACAUGUCAAGGAAUACAACUUUUCCCUGGAAACCACUAAAGUAAGUUUUGCUUUUCCUCAAGAAAGUCUUUUAGGACACCACCCGUCCCCCGCCCUGCUCCAGAGCGUGGACCGGGGAGGUCUUUGUGCCCUGAGCAGGGACAGGAUAACACCAGAAAGAGGGAUGCUACACUGGGGAUUCUCUUCUCAAGAUAAGUCCCUGAGAAUUAUUUUCAAGCACUUUUUUCUUUUUUACCUUUAAGUUUUUCUUCCUUUUUCUUUAAUAUACUGAACACUUGGAAGUCACCUUUACUUGCCUUUGCAGAAAACAGAACUUAGCCAAACCUAAGUAAGAGUCAUGCCUGGAUAUUGGGAUGAGCCAGUGUCUAGAGGCCUGAAGGAACCGCUGAAGAACCAGAGGAGAUCUCCUCUUCCAAGACACAUUUCCUUCCUUCCCUUCUUUCCUUUUUCCUUUCCAGUUAAAAAAAAAAAAAAAAAAAAAGACCCUUUGCUGUAUCACUGUGUGGAAAAUACCUCCAAAGCUGAAAGAGCCAGGUAUUUACCUGAUGAGCAGAGGGGACCACUGAUUGGCAGAAAACUUCCCCACGUUCAGUUGUUAGAUAUGCAAAUUGAUAAGAAUCUAACACUAGGAAAAUAAAGGCGAGUUUUGGUUUGGUUGGUUUCAGUCAUUUGUUUGGGGAGAUAUAAAAGGCUCAGGAGAGCAGGCUUUUGCUUUUGCUUUUGUUUGUUUCUUCCACCACCCAGUGCAGAAAUCAGGAUCAGGGAAAGAUUUUACUAAAUGCCAAUAGAUACAGUAUUUAAGCAUUUAUAAGCUGAAACCUUCUCAUGCAAAGAUAAUGCAUAUUUUACGGUUUAUCCAGCUGUUAAAAUUUUGUAAACAGUCAAUUCAACAGAAUUAUUCUAGAUAAUUCUAUAUCUAGAAUAUAAAAUCUGGUCUUAUAGCUAGACAUGAUGAUGGUCCCCAAACCGUUGAUGUGCUGUUAUGUACUGUAAUGGGAAGCGAUUCUGAUUUUGUUUUACAUUGGUUCUCUGGUUCUCAAAAAAAAAAAAAAAAAAUCUAUUGUGCUGGUGUCCCAGACGAAUGGCUCUGCCUUGUUUUGGGUAAGAGUCUGUUUCUCACCCCAAACCCUGUUUUCAGAAUUUUUUUUACCUUGAUUAUGAAAUUUUGGAUCCAACCAUUCCUCAAUAUAGUGAGUGCAAAAUGAGGAACACAUAAAGAAAAACAAUAGAAAGAUAUAGUUUUUCACAUCAUUUGCCUUUUGCUUUAUAGACUUAUGACGAAGACAAGUGUGUUCAGAAUAUGACACUGGCAAGCUUAUGUAUUGUAAACACUUUAUGCCAAGUUUUUUUUGAAAAGUGGUUUGCUUCUAUGUAUGUUUUCUAAUAUUUCAGAUAAAACAUUUAUUUCACAAAGGGUUAUUAUAUGCCUAGAUAGUUUGAAUGAUAAACUGAAGCAGUUCCUAGAAUGCUAUUAGUGUCUAAUGAUGAAAUUAAUAUCCUUUUUGAAAUACACUUCAGUGUAUUUAAUCAAAAGACCAGAGCUUCUACUAGGAGGUGAUUCAUCAUACCAGGAAGAUUAUGCAUAUUCAAAUGAAACUACACAUAUGUAAAUGACAUGAACACUUCUGUAUAAGUCUCAUUUCCAGAGAGAUUGCAUUAGUAAUGAACUGUUAUUACAUGCUUUUAAAGUUUGUUUUCUGUUUCAUAAAUGAAAGAAUAAGGCAAGUUAAAUAUAUGAAAACCUAUUUUAAUAAUAUGAAGAAAGUAACAAAAUAAAUGGGCAUCAAAGGAAAGCAAAUUGAGCCAGUAGCAGAAAGUAGGCCAUUCCCCAUUUUAAAUUUGCAGUGAUUCAAUUAGGAGAGGUUUGCUGAAUUUCUUCAUUAGUCAUAUGACUGGCUUUUAUUGCAUUGUCUCAGAUCCAUAAUGUUAUUUCAAAGUAAUCUUUUAAUAUUUAAUUUCUUUAUGUGUGUAAAUGAGGCCCUGUAUGCAGUCAUAGCCUUAAGCAUUCUGAACACACUACCAAGAAUUCAUAUAAGCAUCUCACACUCACGUGCUCAUGCACUCAACUGUGUACAGACUAACAGACAAAAGACAUCUACUCUAGAUUUGGAAAUUAUUUUUGAAAUUAUUUCUGUAUUAAACAAGGGAAUUACAUUUGAUUUCACGCCUAUAGUAGUAUUUAGGCUCAAAAUACAUUCAUCUUCCCCUAGUGAAUGGAGAAAAUAUAAAUUUUAUUCCUAGCUGUAAAACAAAGGAUCUUGAUUUCCUUGUUGUACAUUUUCCUGCAAGGGUUAUAUUCUCCUUUGCAUGAAUCCAUGGCAAAGUUAUGUUGGUUCAUUUGUUCAAUUGUACAGGAAAGUUAAGAAUACCUGAAAAACUUAUGAGAAUAUUGUAAUAGUAAAGGCAAUCUAUUUCUUAAGCAGUAGAAGAAAAGUUUUUGCUUUCAUAAUUUUAGGACUUAUUCCUCCAUUUACACCGUUAUGCUGUGUCUCCUCUUUAUAAGAAAAGGAACACGUGAGCAAAGUUUAUCUUAAUUUCCACUGACCUGUCAAUUAACCAGGUAUAAAAGAUAUAAAAUAUUUUCCUUUUAAAUUUAUAUUUUCCACUUUUUUUUACCUUAUAUUUUUAAGAAUUGCACCCACACCAAUCAAAUAAAAGAUUUGGGCAAUGAAUUAAACAGCCUCAAUCACUUGAUGGGAAAUCCCUGGAGUGGCAGGAAGAGUAGAGUCUCAACUUUUUCCAGCCAUAGAAAAGGGAUCAUAGUUGCUUUCUUGUGCCAAGGGCUACUUUCUCUCAUUUGUGUUCAUGGAGAUUGUUUUUUCAAGAAUUUUCCUAGAUUUACAUUCCAAUUGUUAUUAAUACAUUAUAUCUAAUGACCUUGUGAAGAUUAUUCAGGCCCAUAUUUGCUGACUUUUUAAGGGAAGGGUUAGAUAGAGGCUAAUUAUAUCUUUCCCAUGUAUGUAUAUUCUAAGAUACUUGGUUGAUUGACUUCCUUUAGUUGAAAAGCUGCCCAAAUUAGACAGGAAAAAGUCAAAUCAAUUGUUGGGCGAAAAUUUAUGGGUUGGUUUAAUAGCUCUGCACAAAGACAGCCUGACUUUAAUGUCUAUAUUACACAUACACUGUUAUUUGAAACACUCUGCUUUAGUACAGAUGGUGGUUGAUGCGUUUAUCCUGCCGUUAGCACCAAUUGGGAGAAAUUUUACUACAGCGUUUUAAAUAAUCACAAGAGGAAAUAGAUUUUUAUUAUUUUAUCUAAUAACAACAAUAGAAUAUAGAAUACAAAGGACUUCCUCUAGAUACAUUUUAUUUUAUCUAAUAACAACAAUGGAAUAUAGAAUACAAAGGACUUCCUUUAGAUACAUUUUCCACAAAUUAUCUGCUUAUUUAAAUACAAAGGGUUUAAUAUCUAUGAAGGUAAUAACUCACUGUGUUUAAAGGAUUUAUUUCUUCAUCUCAGAGGUAGUCUUCAAGUAUUUGCAGUUAAACAGUAUGCAAAUAGCCCUUUGCUUACACAAUUAUCCGGGUAAAAAGACUAUGUCAGGUGUUGAGAUUUCUUUGAAUUUUCUAAGAGUUUUCAUUAUUUAUGCCUUUGUCAGAUUAAUUUUAAAGGCGACUCUUGACUGUUAGCUUGGUGUGAAGAGAUCCACUCAGGCAGCUCAUGUCUCCUAAAUGCCCUCAGACAGCAGUGACGGGACACUUCACAUGACACUAGCAUGUUGGCUCCGUCCACAUGGCGGAAUGCAUUCCCUGCUGUUAGUUAUCUGAAUUUUUCUCCUGAAUUACAAAUAUAUGGAUUUGGCUCCCCUGAUGCUGGGCUUCUACUGAGACCUGUUCCAGUACAUUCACAUAUGCUUUGCUCCCCUUCAUUGUUAAGAAAUUAAUUCAAGAAGUUUUUUGCUGUUAAACAUAAGGAAAAAGCAUCACAAUUGCCUCGUCUCAUCACUGAGGAAAGCUAGUUUAAAGUAUCUGAGUGAAAUAAGAGGAAAACCCCAAAUACUUCACCUAACUCAGUUUCCCUUUCCCCUCCUCCAGGCAGAGCAAGGAAAAUAACAGUUCUAAUUUGUGUAAACUCAGCCUUAGAAAAUUUCAAUUCAUUACACACAAAAAUAUUUAUGAAACAGUUUGGGACCAAAGGGGUAGUAUGGUAGAAGAGUGUCUUAUAGAGCCCGUGUGGGGAAGCAAAAGGCAAGGAUGUAGUUCACAGGCAGAAGCGAGCUGUGACAUUGUCAGUGCAGCGUGUAAGUGUGGCUCCUCACAGGCGGCCAUUGAUUGUGAGACCUCAUCUUGCUCUGAAGAUUUCCUGGUGGCUGUCAGGCAUUGCUUCUCAAAAGCCUUGCACUGUGAUAAGGUUUAAGGAGACAGAUUGUUGCAACAAUAGCCACUUCUAAGGAAUGUUAUUAUGUCACUGCAGAUGAUGUUUUUAAGAGGUGAUUCAGAAUGAUAGUUUCAUGAUUAUGGAAAGUAGUUCCCUCUCAAACUGCAAAAGGAAAGAUGAAAAUAGUCAUGAGGCCUCCAGAACUGAAAUUGGGCAUCUUUUAUGAUGGAUAUUUACUUUAAUUCAAUGCAACACAUAUUUAUGGGGCAUAGACUGUAUGUAAUACUUAAUAAAACCCAUUCAGUUUGGAGCUCACACCUAAGGUGCGCUGUAAUUGGAUUUUCUUAAUAUUCAUUAAAAACACAAAACAAUAUUAUUUUACUUUUUUUGGUAUUUGCAUUUGUUGCUUAUAGUUUGUGGGGUGAAGCAAAGUGGUGUGAAGUUGAGGAAGGGCACUAUGAAUUAAGCCACACAAAUGCCUCUAAAAAAAUAGUAAAUAUAACAACGGUUAACAUUCGUUGAAUACUUUCUAUGUGUCAGGCACUGCUAGGAGAUUUAGAAAUAAUUACUUAGUCCUCUUAACAGCCAUAUGGGAUAGAUAAUAUUAUCUCCCCAGUAUGACAGCUUUAAUUCAUCCUUUUUGUUUCUAUCCCUUUCCAUCUCUGUCUGUCUGUCUCUCUCUUUUCCCCUAGUCUCUAGGACAGGGAUAUAAACUCUUUAGUGAUUUUCAGUAAUAGAAGAGCUAAGUACUGCUUAGUGUCAUUGUCAGCUCAGUUCUAAUAGAAAGAGCUAACCCAUGUCCAUGCAGCUGAAAAUUAGUUUUGUGUCUGAGAUGAUGGUGCUCAUAGUCAUAUACAGGGAACUCUGCCUCUGUGCUAUGCUGAGUAGGCAAACAUUGGCCUUCCCUUGGAGGGAUCCUCUUCUCUUAGGAUUAACGUGGGAAGUACAGACAGAAAUCUCUUCUGUUGUCAUGGUGAUACUUCUUCCCUGAUAGGGUAUCAUUCAUUCAAAGCAUGUUUGUUUCAUUUGUUUUUAUUCCUACCUUAAGCCGUCUUGGUGGGUUCUGGGUGGUCUAUGCAUAUGUGUGUGUGUUUUAAUUGCAGUAAGAAUAUUGAAUAUGAGAUUUACCCUCUUUAAUUUUUUUUUUUUUUUUUUGAGACGGAGUCUUACUCUGUCGCCCAGGCUGGAGUGCAGUGGCAUGAUCUCGGCUCACUAUAACCUCCACCUCCCAGGUUCAAGCGAUUCUCCUGCCUCAGCCUCCCAAGUAGCUGAGACUACAGGUGUGUACCACCAUGCCCCUUAGUUUUUGUUAUUUUUAGUAGAGACAGGGUUUCACCAUGUUGGCCAGGCUGGUCUCAAACUCCUGACCUCAAGUGAUCUGCCCACCUCCACCUCCAAAGUGUUGGGAUUACAGGCAUGAGCCACCAUGCUGGGGUUACCUUCUUUAAUUUUUAAGUACACAAUACAGUAUUGUUAACUAUAGCCACGGUGUUGUACAGCAACUCUCUCUAACCUAUGCAUCCUGCAUAACUGAAACUCUGUGCCCGUUGAACAGCAGCUCCUCAUUUCCUCCCCCAUCAGCCCCUGGCAGCCAUCAUUCUACUCUCUGUUUCUGUGAGUCUGGCUAUUUUAGAUCCCUUAUAGAAGUGGAAACGCGCAGUAUUUGUCCUUCUGUGACUGGCUUAUUUCAUUGAGCAUAACGUACCCCAAGUUUAGCCAUGUUGUUGCUUAUGGCAGGAUUUCCUUCUUUUUUCAGGCUGAAUAAUAUUUCCUUAUAUGUAUAUGCUGCAUUUUUAAAAACCCUUUCAUCUACUGACAGACGUUUAGAUUAUUUCCACAUCUUGGCUAUUGUGAGUAAUGCUACAACGAACAAGGGAGUGAAAAUAUCUCUUUAAGAUCCUGAUUUCAGUUUUUUUGAAUAAAUACCCAGAAGUGGAAUGACUGGGUCAUUCAUAUGGUAAUUCUAAUUAAACAUAGAAUUAUUUUUAAUUUUUUGAGAAACUUCUGUACUGCUUUCCACAUUGGUUGCAUCUGUUUACAUACUUAGCAAUGGUGCACAAGGGUUCCAAUUUCUCCACAUCUUUGCCAACUUGUUAUCUGUGUUUGUUUAAAUGACAGCUGUAUGAGUUGUCCCUUGCCUCCAUGCAAUUCUGAACUUCAGAAAUAAGCACUUGGCUCCUUUAAUAGCUGUCCGUCCUGUGUUGCGUCUACAGCCACUGAAUCCUGUCCUACAUUUUCUGGUUCAUUAACUCAUUCAACUAACAGCUAUUGACCUUCAAUAAGUCAGUCACCGUGAAGAUAAGUAUUUUAUAUUGACUUCUACUAACAUAUCCGGUAUGUUUACUAUGGUGCCAGAGAGGAUGCUGUGUGCUUUUCUCACACUGUUAUCUUUACUGUUCACAAGAACCAUGUCAGGUAGGUAUUGGUAAAAUGGGGUAAUUUUGGAAAUGCUUCAAUAGUCAAGUAGAAUAACUUUCUGCUCUAUGUGAGAAGAUACGUUUUAAAUAAGAUAUGGCUUAGGUUUCUGGUUACUUGAGACAUACUAUACUUUCUCAGACACUCUCAGACCUGAAUCAUUUAGCAAACUAAAGCAGAAAUACUAAAAAUAUCUGGUUCAAUAGCAUAGGGGCAUGGAGUAGACAUGCAGAAAAUGCUUGUUCACUUGCCUUGAAAUGGCUCCAGGUGGCCUGAAGGAAUCAAUGAACCUUCUCAAAUAUCUACAUUACAACCAUUGGUCCCCACUACACAUUUAUUUCUAAAUAAAGGAGAAGAAACUCUAGCAAAGUAGUAUUUAACAUUUUCAUUGCUUCCAGGAUAAAGCUUACGGAACAUGGAGGAUCUGAUAGUGGUAGGUGUAUCAGGAAUAUCAGGGAAAAUGCGUUCGAUGUAGGCAAAGUCAAUUCCUAUCAUUAGUACUUGACACCAGCUACCUAGCAGGCUCAUUGUGAGUUUCAGGUUUUGCCCACGUUGUUUAUAUAAAGUAUCUCAGUGUAAUAUAGGGAGUUGCUGGUUAUUUCAAAAUAGUCACAAAGAUAACCCAAACGAGAAACUCCGUUUCUAUAAUUAGUUUUCCUGAAAGUCAGGCAAGUGUUUGAGGACAGGCUUUUGGCAGUAUUAUUUUUGUGCACAGGAGGAAAAUUGUUAGUAGGUUUAUAGAUAUUAUUUUUAUAAUAGAAUGUUAAACCCCUGAAAAACAUCAAAAAUUGUCUCCUAGAACUAAUUCUAUGUUUUAAAAACUUGUUUUAAAAAGGGAUUCUAAAUAGCAAUAGGGUCUUUUCUCCUUUCUCCACUCCAAUGGUUUAAUGGGAUAGAGGAAUCAAUGUUUAUAUUUUUAAACCUGUAAAUAUUUUAUUUUGGGUAUUUUGUAUAUUUGUUGAUAUAAUUCCAUUUUGUGCAUAUGUACCAUUGUGCAUGUUGCUGUUUUUGAUAGUCACUCUUUUAAUGAAUGUAAGAAGCUUGGGCUAAUAGCACUUUUCUUGUUCCAUUCAAACAUCUGAAAAUGAAACUACAACACUGCCAUUUUAACUGUUGUGUUUAAUUGAGUCAAUAAAUUUCGUUUCUCCUUUGCAUUUAAAGUGAA